UCCCAGCCGCCCUCGGCAGCGGGGCACCGGAAGUCACAUGCCGGAAGCGGCGCGCGCGGCGUCAUCAGAACAUGGCGGCCUGAGGCGAAGGCGCUCCUUCCUUUCCCCUCUGCAGAUCAGAACAAAGAGGCUACAGCCCGUUAUCAAAAUGCAGUAUUCCCAUCACUGUGAGCACCUUUUAGAGAGACUGAACAAGCAGCGAGAAGCCGGCUUUCUUUGUGACUGCACUAUUGUUAUUGGUGAAUUCCAGUUCAAAGCGCACAGAAAUGUGCUCGCCUCUUUCAGCGAGUACUUCGGUGCAUUUUACAGAGACACGUCUGACAAUAAUGUUGUUUUGGAUCAGACUCAAGUGAAAGCUGAUGGAUUCCAAAAACUCCUGGAAUUUAUUUAUACGGGAAACUUAAACCUUGACAGCUGGAAUGUUAAAGAAAUUCACCAGGCUGCCGACUAUCUCAAAGUAGAAGAAGUGGUCACCAAAUGCAAAAUCAAGAUGGAAGACUUUGCUUUUAUUGCUAAUCCCUCUUCUACAGAGACAUCUAGUAUCACUGGCAACGUUGAAAUGAAUCAGCAGACUUGCCUUCUGACUCUGCGAGACUACAAUAAUCGGGAGAAAGCAGACGCUGCUUCUGCAGAGUUGGUUCAACCACAGGCAAAGAAAGCAGCUUUAGAAAAGAAAUCUCCUCAAACCAAAAAGCGAAAGAAGAAUUUCAGCUCCCCCAAAAGCAUACAGAAUAAAUCCGUACAAUAUCAGAAUGAUGCGACCGAGAACACAUCCAUUGAAAUGUUUUUAGAUGCAAAUAAGCUGGCCACCCAGAUCACAGAACAGGCUGCCCAAGGCAGUGAUAACUCUGAACUACAGCUGGCAUCAGUGGUGGAAAGCGAAACGCUGGCAGCGCAGGAGAUCCUAGUUCAGUCUAUUGCAGCAAAACAGAAACGGGGAAAGCCUCAGCAAAGCUGCGCACUGAAGGAGCACUGUAUGUCCAACAUAGCCAGUGAAAAGAACGCUUACCAGCUGGAGAGUUCAGGGGAAGAGCUUGACCAGAAGUACUCCAAAGCUAAGCCAGUGUGCAACACCUGCGGAAAAGUCUUUUCAGAAGCUAGUAGCCUCCGUCGACACAUGAGAAUACACAAAGGAGUGAAACCGUACGUGUGUCAGCUUUGUGGGAAGGCAUUCACCCAGUGCAAUCAGUUGAAAACACAUGUAAGAACUCACACAGGGGAGAAGCCAUACAAAUGUGAACUGUGCGACAAAGGCUUUGCUCAGAAGUGCCAGUUAGUGUUCCACAGUCGGAUGCAUCAUGGAGAAGAGAAACCGUACAAAUGUGAUGUCUGCAAUCUGCAGUUUGCAACUUCAAGCAAUCUGAAGAUUCAUGCCAGGUGGGCAGAAGUGAGAUCCUGCAAAUGCUUAUCCAUGUGUUUAUUGAAGCAGAACAAAGUGAAGCAUAGUGGCGAGAAGCCCUAUGUGUGUGACCGGUGCGGUCAGCGGUUUGCUCAGGCCAGCACGCUCACCUACCAUGUGCGUCGUCACACGGGGGAGAAACCUUACGUGUGUGACAGUUGUGGAAAAGCCUUUGCUGUCUCCAGUUCUCUCAUCACCCAUUCCCGAAAACAUACAGGAGAGAAGCCAUAUAUCUGUGGCAUUUGUGAAAAGAGUUUUAUUUCCUCUGGAGAGCUCAAUAAACAUUUUCGGUCCCAUACAGGUGAAAGACCAUUUAUCUGUGAAAUGUGUGGAAAUUCUUACACAGAUAUAAAAAAUCUGAAGAAGCACAAAACAAAAGUUCACACAGGAUCUGAAACUCCCCCUGAUUCUAAUGCACUCGAUAAUUCUUUCAAUGAACAAGAAUCCAUUCAGAGUCAGAAAAGUCCUUUAUCGGAGUCCAUAGAUGUGAAACCCUCUGAGAUGUCUUUAGCACUUCCUCUUCCACUUGGGACUGAAGACCAUCAGAUGCUGCUUCCCGUGACGGGUAGUCAGUCUCCUUCCUCAGAAACAUUACUAAGAUCUGCUGUGACCGGAUAUUCAGAACCUCAGUUUAUUUUCUUGCAGCAGUUAUACUGACAGUGCAGUACAGAGCCAUCAAGGUAACUUGGUAGUGAACUUGCGUACAUUUGGUGAGAUGAACACAAGCAAGCAAGCAGUCACACUUUUUGAAUUGGAGUUCUUUUUUUUUCUUCCCCUCUGUGUAAAGACACGUGUACGGCAUUUCCAUUGUGUAGUGUUGUCUUUUGUUUUUUGUUGGAUUGUGCUAAUCUACAGUCAAAUUUCUAUUUGCAAUUAACACUGAUUUCCAGGAGAUGAUUCCUUUCCAGAAACACCUGCCUUAAGAAUUCUCUGUUAAUGUAUUUUGGAGAUCUCCUCCCAUGUUCCUGCUGAUCUGAUGUGUCACAAUGUCACUUGAGAGCAGACAUUUUAAGCCAUAUUUGAUAGUUUAAGAGGUGUAAGGGGAAAAUCCUAAUUUGAAUGUACUAACAAGCUUGUACUCCUGCAUUCCAAGGUGAUAUAAUGGUACAUGAGGGAAGGUAGGCCAGUGCUCUGGUGAGGAGCUUGCAAAGAAUUACUGCGAUCUGCCAGAAACAGCUGUCUUCAGUUGAGGUCUGACCAGAAGGAAAGUUUUGUGUAUAUUUUCCUGACAAGGCAAGUAAGGAAGGUUAAUUUUUUUUUUUUCCUGUAGUGUAGUAAGUCAGAGGGUUCUAAUGGCAUAGAUAGUACUGGGUAUUCUUUCCAACCAGUCACUUUUUUUUUUUUUACUUUUUUUUCUUAGUGAAUCCAGCAUUGUUGUGUCUUGUCCCAGAUUUAUUUUUCACAUCCCUAAAAUGCCCUGGGUUUGGCACAGACAGCAAGAUUUGCCCAGAAGGACAACUGGAACGUGCAUGUUGUGGAUGAGACAAAAAGAUGCACUGACUAAAUUGAGGCAUGGAUCGUAGCUUCAUAAUCCUUUUUUUACAGUAGUGCUGCUUCUUGUGCUAGACAGUAGGUACAAAAGAAGAAAUAAAUCCUGCCCUUCACUGAAAACAAUAAGUGAAUGCUACAUUAGGGGGCAUUAAGAAAAAAUACAACAGACCAGAUUGAUAUUCUUCCAGGCAAGGUUUUGUUAGAGUAUGACUGAUUUGUUUUAAUUGCAAUAUUUAAUGUGUUGCUUUACCUCUCAUGUCACUUGUCUGCAGUAACUGCACAAAACUGGUCUCUAGCAAGACUCCUAUAAAGGUAUGUUUUAUAACUAGCAAUGUACAUUUUUAAAAAGCAGCAUUUUUAGUGUCUUGGUAGGGUUGUUAAAGGCUAGUUGACAAUAGGAGUACUUGUAUACUCCAUUUUGCCAGUUUGUGCCAUUAACAUAAUGUAAGCAUUAUUUAAGUAAUCAUCAAAUAGUAAGGAAACAGUUCUAAUACUGUACCAACAAUGCAUUUAAAGAUAUUAUUUGUUGGUUAUUUACUUGGUGCUAGCAUUUUAUUUCCACUGAUGCCUUGUGUCCAGACACUGAUAAAUAGAAGAGCAUAGGAGAUACCUCUUAACCGAUUCUGUUCUACAUGGAGUAAUAAUUCAUCUGCAUCUUAAUUAAACCAACUUGUGAAAAAUUUCUUGGAGGAUUUCAUUUAAGUAUUCUGCAAAUGGUCCCUUGACUCCUAAGCAUGAUAACAGAUCUGUAUUUUUUUCCCCUCUUCCUACAUGCUUGUACUUGUAAUAGACCUUUCGCUUCUUUGUGUUCAUCAUCUUGGUAUGUGGCAUGUUUAAAACUCUGCUUCUUGAUCGUAUUUUAUGCUUUAACAUAUGGCCAAUUUGCUGAUAAAGUCUACUGUGGACAGCAAGGAGUACAAACAUGUUCACCAGGAACAUUAUUAAUGCAGGCAUCGCUAACUCUGUUCACUGAAGCUAAUUAUCACCGUACCUGCUUGACCUUUAUUUUCGUUGCUUAUCCGUACCGCAACAGUUGUGAACAGCUGAUGUCCUUCAUAAUGCUGGCAAAGGACAAUGGAUGAAGUUCUGAUUCUUUUUUUUUUCCUGUUUGUUUGGCAUUUGCCCCUUUCCUCCCACAUUUUCUCUUGUAGCUUCUUUUGUUGAUGUAGCACCUGAAGGAUUCCUUAGCCUUGCCAUUUACAACUGAAGAACCACAAAAAUCAGGAUCUUAACUCUGUGUAAAAAAGCAAACUCUGUGUAGCUUGUCCUAAGGUUCCUCUUUACUUUCCCUCUUUGAAAUUAGAGUAGAAGUCUUGGGGUAGAAUAGGCUUAGUCAUGAAUACUGAAAAAGAAUGAUACCGUACAACUGAUACAUUUCAUGUUUAAACAGCUUUGGAAGAUAAACUAAUGAUAUGCUGCUGUUAUCUGAGUAAAAGUAUCUGAAGAUUAACAUAUCCAGGAUAAAUGACCACAAGGGAGAACUAGCUCUGGAAAAAAAAAAAUUAAAAAAAAAAAAAAAUCACAUUCCUACAUAGAAAAUACAUUCCAUAACAAUGUUUGUUUGGACUGUUUUUAUAUUUCUAAAAUGAUAGCUUAUUACUGUAUUCUUAGCUUUCAGACUUUUUUAAAAAAAUACAGUGCUUAGAUUUAUACGGGAUUUGUUUAGAUACUUAUAACAGUAACACUUGCUUUAUUAGUCAUUUAGUUUUCUUUAUAGACAAGAAGAUAAUCAUUAUUUUUUACAAGACAACAAUUUUAACCUUUCUUAAUAGAAUACACAGGCUUGUAGUUUUGUCUUGGAGCAAUAAUUUAGUGACCUGCACUCUUGAGUCCCCAUCUGAGAAUCUUGAUUUUUAUCCUCAUCUUUCAUGAAGAUAUCUCAGCUGCUGAGGUGUGAUCUCUAUGAACUGUAUUCAUUUACUAGAAUAUAGAUUUUAAAUAUAAAAAUAUAUAUAAAUAUAUAUAUAAAAAAACAUUUGUAGGUGUGUUCAGGCUGGGUGCUGUAGGACCCAAAGAAGCAGGUUUGUACUGUACCUUUUCUCAAUAGAUGCAUGGAGAUCGGCUGCACAUCUAACUCCUAGGCUUAAGGAUUCUGAAUUUAUUUUGGAGGUACGAGGUUUAUAACAGUAUUGAUGAUUUCUGUAAGGCAUUAAUGUGGGAAAGCAUGGAAUCUUUUUAGGCAGACAUCUUCUUGAGACCUACCUGCAAAAUGAAAGAGGGAAUUUUAAUAAUUCCAUUAACAGUAAUUUAGAGAAAACAACGUGAUUUGUCACACUGUUGUUUCAGUACCGUUUCAGUCAAUUUUGCACUGAAGUCGGUGCAAGUUUUGCCUGAAUAGGUUAUUCUGCAUCUAGAAAUUUCCAAAUUAGCUGUUUGGAAAUACUUCUGUGAGAGUAGUUCCUUGUAUGAUGCUUCCAAACAUGUGCUUAAAUGUGGGCACAAAGCAUGACAACUUUUCUGAAAUCAUGUGUUUCAAAAAAAAACUUUAAAGUACAGACAAGUCCCAUGUUAAGGAAUUCGGGGCUGUGAUCUUGGAGAGGUUAUCGAUAAGCCUUGCAGAAUUAAGUUCAGAUAAGGACUAAUAACUGAUUUUUUUGGUUAAAUUAUUUUUAAAAUCUCUUCCGUGUAUAUAUAUUUUUUCCUCUGUUAUCUGUAUAUAGCUCAACUCUCAGUUUUAUAAACCCCUGGGAAGGAGGGAGUUGUACAUACUUAGCCUGAAGUGUUUUAUGUUAGACUUUAAUAAACUUGUUUUGUAAUUUUCCCUCACCUUGUGUCUCCUGUUUAUAACUGCAAGGGGUAGCAACAAAAGCAGGAGGGAAGCAGUCUAACAUAACCACCAUCAAAGCACCCUGUCAGAAGGACGCACAAUAGCCCUUUGCACCGCAUACUAACACCACAAGGAUUGCUACGUUUUCUUCUCGGCAGUAAACACACCUGGUUUUUCUCAUAGAAGAUAUUUUGGGUCUGUUCAAACUAAAACAAAAACUUUAUUCUAAAUACAAGCGAGUUUAAUGACCCGCAAGUUAAUUUUCUUCCACUUGUUUUGAGGUGUUUGGGGGAGGUGUUUGGGAGUUUUGUUGGGUUUUUACAGAGUGCUUUGAAGAUGUACUUGUUACACUAAAGUGUCUUUAUCAGAAUUUGUAUCUUAACUUACUUUUACUAGAUUGUUUAAUUUUACAGAAGGUGGUAUGGUGGCUAGAGCACACAGUAGGACUUGGGGGACCUGCGCUGUACUAUUCGCCUGUUGGAUCAGUUGUUUUCCUUCCCUUUAAAUUGGGGCAAAAAUGCUGCUUUUCAGCAAGGUAUUGUGAGUUCUGGAAGCUGAAACGAUGAUUUAUGAGCAGGGUUAUGCUUGCUUUCGCUACUAGAAUAACAUCCUCAGAAGACCAUGGCAAAAUUUUCUAGCCUAUGUAAAUUCUCUCAUUCCAGAGAACCCAAGAUACAUCUUUUAAGAAUUUUAAGGUUUGGCUUUCAGAGAAAGGAAAGCAAUAAACAUCUCUGGCAUAGGCCUGUCUAAGCAAUACAGGUUUCUGCAUAAAUAAUUAUUUUAGUUGGCAGGGAGCUGUUUAUACCUAAUUCAAUAAGAAUUACUCUGCAGCCCUUUCUUACAAAAGAAUGGCAAAGUAAACUAUGACACGAGCUGUUUUUAUGGAUGUUGUCGGUAAUGCAGAGUGCUCAUUAGGCCAAGCAUCUUGCUGUUAAACAAGGGUUCAGUUAGAAUUUGAAUGUUGUAGUGGUCUUUCUGGCAAAUUCUAUCAUCAAUGUCUCAGAACUGAGAGUACUCUCUUUAUCAGAGUAUAACAACACUCAGAAAAAAACUUUGAUAAUACAGGCCUAUCUAAUUUUUUAAAAACUUAGGAAUUUUUUCCUCAACUUCUGUUUUCAUGGUUCUGUGCCACAAUAGUUAAAAAGACAAGCUCCUCUCUCAAAUAGGGUUUUCACAGUGCGACCUAUGGACUUUGUGCUUAACGAGAUGAGUACAGGGUGAGAUGGCCCUGUGCAGGUACGGAGAACAAACAUACCUGCUCUGUGGGCCUACCUCUACCUGCUUUUAUGAUACUAAGUGCUUUUUGGAGCAACAGAGCUGGACUAAUUUGUGUUGGGGGGUGGGAGGAAUGAAAAAAAAAACCAACAAAACCAACAACCAAACAGCAAACCCCCACAUACAACAGCUGUCAGUACUGCCUCGGUCAUUUCAGCUUGGUGUGGGGUACCCACACAUCUCCCUUUCUGCCCUACCACUGUGAUAAUACAGAAUCGGAACGUCGGCAGUUACGUCACUGCUUCUUAGGUAUUAUUGUUGAAAGUACUUUCUUUUCUUUUCCCCCCUCAUGCUUUGAUCUCGUAGGUCUUUUGCCUGUGUGCACAUACAUUCAUGGAUUAUUCUGUGACUUGAUACUAAUUUUUAACAGCCACAUUUAGACAUGCAGAAGAUUGUACAAGUGAAAACCUUUGAGCAAACCUCUGCUGUCCUAUUUGGUGACUUUUUCUACUGAGAGUGUAGAUCUAGUGAUUUCUACAGGUAUGAGCAGAGCAGGUGGAAAAAGGAAACAAGCUGAGUGAUU